AUGAAUCGUCAAAACUUGCAGCAAUUGGUCUGCUCCGUCUUCCUCGUUAACGGAUCUCCACCUUUUUGCGGAUCCAUAUUGAGCUCGGUAAGUCUGAAAGUGGUCGCCGAGUUCACAGUGUCUACAAGCGCUCCAGCAACAGCAGGCGUGCGGGCUGAGCAAACGGCGCUUCUUGCUACAGAGGACUCGUACAAACACUAUGGACCGAACGCAGCGCCACCAAAGUUGUUGGUGAACACUGUGAUUCCGAAGUCGGCAGGCGCCAAAUAUGGCUUUAACGGCGUUGAGGGUGGUCUCCACGCCGCGGCACCGGCCAUCAGCAAGCAGUAUCACAUUCGUGAACAAGGCUUGUUGGUGGUAGAAGACCUUGCUGGGAGCCGCUUUAUCAACUGGAUUCCUCGACAGAUCCUGGAGGUUAUCAUUCGGUACCGCGCCAAAGAGCUUCUUAUUGCUGAGAGUGACCUUGCGCGUCUCGAAGCGUACGACCGUUUGCGACUGAAAGGAUCGGACCAAAAGAAUCCAAACACACUCAGCCACUGGCCACAACUUUCCACAAAGAAUCGACUUUUCCCCGACCGCAGCAUCCUUAACAUCUUGUCCCCCUUGAAUGAGCAUCAUGUGAAAAACAUGCUCGGGAUGAAGGCCCUUCAGUUCACGACUUCGACUAUUGAGCUUUAA